AAAAAAAAGAAAAUAACGAAACAAAUUGUUAAGAGAUUUGUGAGAAAGAAAAGGAAGAAGAAAGUAAAAGGAGAAAGAAGAAAGUGUGCUGUGCAGACAUGUGGCUGAUAAACGUUCUUUUAAUAUGCUGCAUUAUUGCACACGGUCAAGCGUCGAAGACGUCCGGAAGCAAACAAGGAGAUACAAAAACAUUGGUACCAAUCGAAGAGUUCAUAACGUCACAUAAAAUACCAGACGACUUGGUAAGGCCUAUUGACGAUGAAGAAAGUAUCGAGGAGAAGAAGACGAUUUCGAAAGAUACGAAAAAUUUGAAAAAAGUUAAUUUGAAAUUGGAAUAUUCGGAUAGCAAAGGGACUGAGACAUUAGAUCCUACUAAUGACGAUGGAUUGGAUAAAUUAGAAACGAAGAGGCAAGCUCGCGUCGAACUUGAAAAUUUUAGUAAUACUGGCGUUUUAGAAGAAGAUGGUAUCAAGAAAGUUGAUUCACAUCGAACGACUGUCAAUCGUCAAAAAGAUUCGAUUCUUCCAGGAGUUUAUGUCAGUAACGAAUACCCAACCACAAUGAUGCCAAUUUUAACAACGUCACGAGAAACUCGUUCGUUCGAUUUCGUCCCUGUUAAUAUUAUUCGUCAGGAUGGCAAGGAUGCUUAUGCUUCCUUCUCCGAUAGGCAUUUCGAUGAUUUGAGUGACGUCAGUCUGGUACCAGCUGGUACAAAUUCCCGUAUUCAGGUGAAGAAAGGACCUAAUGGAAAGGAUUACGAAUACGAGUAUGUGUAUUAUUAUUACGACGAGGAGGAUGAAAAUAAAGCUGGUACGUCCGGUACAGAAGUGACGAACAAUUACGACGUAAAUUCUAGAACAACGUCAUCCCCAAGGAGAGUCGGUCAAAGCGGAAACAACAGAAGCAAAUACAGCGCGGUUGAUAGAAGCAGCAGCACGGUUGAACCAGCUAGCAAUGAGGUCAUUCCAAAUAGAAAUGGGAACAGGGGAAGGCAACUCGUUGAAACGGACGAUGUCUCUGAGGAAAGAUUACCAGCUAAUACCAGAUUUCCACCGAGAUCACGAUCGAAUCACAAUACAGGCACAACGGAAGCAACUAGAUCACGUGGAAAUCGUCCAAGACCUGGUUUAGAUCUCGUUGAUUCCAGUAGUUUUCGAACUCAUCAGGAAGGACCAGAAUUUCCUCAGGUUUUGCCUAAAGGACCGGUAAGAUUUCUCGGUGUGACACCUAACGAAGAUACAGGUACAGAAGAGAAAACGGUGACUACAAGAGGACGUGGAAGACAUAGGAUUCAAGAACCUCUAGAUAUCGAAGAUGUCUCUGAGAAUCCACCGCCUGUUACACCUUUAUCCAGAAGACGUCCUGUUACUACCAUUCCUGAGGCUGAAUUAGAAUUGAACAAAGAUCAAUCCUCUAAAGUGUCCAGCGAGGAAGAAGAAGCGGACGAAGAAAGUGUCCCAUCCCUUGAAAUUUCCAAAGAGAAAACGUCGAUUGAAGAAAAAGAAGGAUCCGAGGAAACGGAUUUAUCUUCACCGGCAUACACCAGUACAAAUGCAAUUACUACCGAAACUGCUAUGACAACCGAGUAUCCUUCAGCAAUGGACAAAGUAGCUCUGGAUCUUUAUGCAUUUUUACAAGGUCAAACCAACUUAGUAGACAUGCCUGGAAAUGAAACGAACGAAUCGAUUGAUUCCACGACUUCGAUCAUUUCUGAAGAUGAUGGCUCGACAGAUUUAUUACCUACAACGACUGACUUUUCUGGGACAACAGCAGGUUCGACCGAUCCUACGAUUGGUACUACAUCUAUAAGUACAACAAGUACGACUACGACAACGACAACAACGACGACGACGACGACGAGUACUACAACACCUACUACAACAACGACUACCACUGAACCUACCACGACAACUACGACGACAGAAGCUCCUACUACCACUGUAUCAAGUCCAAUUGGCAGAGGCAAAUUCCGUCGUCCUGGAGUAUCAGGUGGUGGAGUUGGAAAUAGAAAUAGAUUUAAGUCGAGUAAUGGUAAUCCAACGAGUACGACGGAAGCAUCGUCGGUAGAGCCGACGCAGAGAACACGAAAUCGUUUCGGAGGAUCAUCAAACGGUGGUGGAUUUAAAAGACCAAGACCUGGUCAAAAGACGUCACAACAACAGCCGGUCGAGGAGGACGCUGUUCAGAAGGAAUCAGUAGGUUCUGUGGCAGCUGAGAAGCCUAGUAGUUCGUCUCGUGGAAGAUUCCGUAGUACGGUUGGUUCUCGAAGUGUCUCGACGACGUCAUCACCUACCACUGGCACCAGUAGUGCCAGUAAUAAUGGCGCUUCUUCAGCCGGACCAUCAGGAAUCUCACGUCCUUCUUUCAACAAACUGAACAUCAAUCGAAAACGUGGAAGACCUACCACAGCCCCAUCGACCACCAGUCAAUCCGGUGAAGACAGUCAAGAAGAAAAUGGACAAAGUCCAACAGCAGAAAGUGCAACUGUCAGUACAGUGUCAUUGUCGCCAUUAAAACCUGCUGUACGUUCGAGACUACCAGGAUCUGGAAGUAUCGGAGGACCAGGUAGAUUACCUAUAGUUAGACCACCGGCUGGAAGAUUGAAUUUAAGACAGAAACCAGGCCAAGCUACAACUCUAGGUACAUCUACGACCAGUGCACCAGAGGAAGUAGCCGAAGGAUCUGUCGAAGAGCCAGCUGGAGAAGGGACUGAGGAAGAAACACAUGAGGCGCCUGCUGAGACGAAUCCUCCGUUGGCAUUAAAACCAACGACGGUCAAUCCAUUAAACAAACUCAGAAACAGAAAUCGACUUCAGAUACAUCCAAAAGCAACGACUAAGGGGCCAUCGCCGGUUGCAGCUUCGAGACGUUCACCUUUAUUACCGCGUAGAAAACCAACCGUAACGGAGGCACCACCAGUUAUUCAACAGACAAAUAGUCAAGAAGAAACUUCUGAAGAGGAGACUGGAUCGGCUGGUGCGGUCUCUGCCGAUAACGAACAAGCGACAGAAUCUUCGAGUUCGGCUGAGUCCAGCACGGCUGCCAGUACAAAACACGAAGAAACUAGAGGUUUCGGUGGUUUGCUUGCAUCGAGACGUAGGAUAGCACCAAGACGUCCAGGUCAAAUAGUCUCUCGAGAGUAGAUAUCCCAGACAAUCGAUGAUAACGAUGAAGAUGAUGAUGAUGAUGAUGAUGAUAACAAUAGCAACGACGAUAUAUCUAAUAUCGCGCUGUUAACGAGACGACGAUCCAAGUAGCGAGAAAUAUGAUCGAUAAAAAUCAUCGAUUAAAUCUAAAUCAUUACAUACAUAUAUGUAUUAUCGAUAUGUAUUAUAUAUUAAUUAUUCCCGUAACAAUCAUCGAGCUCUUGCUUUUGGUCCAAGGAUAUUAAUUGUCUUUUUUUUUAUCUUUUCUUUUUGUUUUUUUCUUCAAUUAAUUAUUUAGAUCGAUCGCUACUUGGACGGAAACACCAAGAUGGUAGCUACAUUGUUAUUUCUCCUUUUUUUUUCUUUUUUCUUUUUUUUUUUUUCUUUUUCUUUCGAAGCUUUACGAAACCCCUCUAACUUAAGUUUCGUAACAAGUCAUUUAAAAUAAUAUAAUCGAUGUUAUCGACGAGCGACGAGGUUAAGCCAUUUUAUAAUUUAUCUGAUUAUAUAUAGUUGAAAGAUGAAAAUCAUUCCUAAGAUAAACGUUUCAUUCGUUUCCUAUCGUGCAAUUCGUUUAAUGCAAUAACUCUAACCAUCUUCUCGUUUCUUUUUUUUUCUUUUUUUUUUCUAAAAAGAUAGGAUAGAGCAUCCAGUAACCUUUAUAGGUUCUUAGACAUUCGCUGCACCUUUUUGUUCAACUCGAUAGAGGAAUUCAAUCGAUCGUGGGCGCCUAUUUGUAAAACUAUUUAUCCAUUCCCUACUGUCGUAUCUUCAACGUGUGCAGACAUAAACACGUACACAUACACAUGCACAUACGCACACACACACACACACGCAUAUACAGACACGCGUUAAACACAGAGAUAGAAAUAUAUCGUGCUUAUUUGAAUAUCAAAGUUAAGAGGUCAAACGACAUGUAACACAGCAAAGAUGACCUUUACAACUUUGUUGUUUCUUUUUUUUUUUUAUAUACAUAUUACUUAUAAAUCAUUUCUUUUUUUGUUUCUUUUUCAUUCGAAAUGACCUCAUCGUUAUGUAUAAUCAACAUCACGAAUUAAAAAAACGUGUCGCAUAUAUAACGCACACAUAUACACGCAUAAAGACACGCACAUAACAUACAUUCGUAAGAUAUCAACGAUAAAGGCGAGCUCUUUACUAUUCCAUCCGACGCGUAUUAUUAAUACGUAUAAUAUUUUGAUAAUCUACGCUCGUGUGGUCAUGCUGUAAUUCGCGCUAUAAAUGAUUAACGAAAGCGUGUAACAUUAACACGCAUAGUAAAUGAAAAAAAAAAAAAAAAAAAA